AGGGGAAAAGGGGGGGGUUUCCCCUUUGUUGCAUGGGGGUGUCCAGCCGGGGCUGAGGGAAGGCAGGGAGGGGGUCGGUGCCUCCCGCUGCCCCAUGGCCCUCGCUGAGGGGGCGGCCGUGCCCUACGCCGUGGAGCUGGGGCUCACCGUGCUCCACACGGCGCUUUACGCCGCGCUCUUCCUCUUCGCCUACCUGCAGCUCUGGCUGCUGCUCUACUACCGCGAGCGGCGGCUGAGUUACCACACGCUCUGCCUCUUCCUCUGCCUGCUCUGGGCAGCCCUCAGGACCACCCUGUUCUCCUUCUACCUGCAGAAUUCCCUGCAGGCCCUCCGCCUCCAGCAGCCCUUCGCCCACUGGCUCCUGUACUGCCUGCCCGGCUGCCUCCUCUUCUCCAGCCUCUGCCUCCUCAACCUCUAUUUCGCCGAGGUCAUAUUCAAAGUGAAAUGUGCAGCUGAAUUCAACAAGUACAAGGUCCUGUUGUACCUGGGCUCCAUCCUCACCAGCCUCCUGUUCCUGGUUGUGAAUUUAACCUGUGCAAUGCUGAUCCACGGCGAGGUCCCGGAGAAGCAGCUCAGGUGGACAGUCCUGGCCCGGGCUCUGGUCAACGACAGCCUCUUCAUCCUCUGUGCCAUCUCCCUGGCCUGCUGCAUGUGCAAACUGGGAAAGAUGUCUUCAGCCAACGUCUACCUCGAGUCCAAGGGAACAUCUGUCUGCCAGGCUAUUCUGGUGGGAUCUGUAGUGGCCCUCCUGUAUUCCUCAAGGGCUUGCUAUAACCUGGUAGCUGUGGCCAUAUCUCCAGACAAUGUUCCUGGUCCUUUUAACUAUGGCUGGGACAACCUUUCAGACAAGGUGCACGUGGAGGUGAGCAGUGAGGAGUACGUGGUGUUUGGAGUGGUCCUGUUCCUCUGGGAGCUGGUGCCAACCACUUUCGUGGUGCUGUUCUUCCGCGCUCAGAGACUGAGCCAGAACCUGACUCCAGCAGGAAUGGUCAACAGCCACAGCUACAGCUCCAGGGCCUAUUUCUUUGACAAUCCCAGGCGCUACGACAGCGACGAUGACUUGUCACGGCUCGGGGCCAGGGAAGGAGGCUUGGCCACCCCUCAGUGCUCGGGCUGCUACGGUUCCCUGGCAGGCACCGACGGCGGCAGCGCCGCGGACAGCGCGCCCUUGCUCUGCGCCGCCGGCGGCUCGGAGAUCAACCAGCACCAGCACAGCUCCCACCCUGCCCCACAGAACUGAGGAGGCUCCCUCUCUUCCCAGAGUGGCACUCGUGUAUAGGAUUGUAACCUGUUUUUUCCUCUCUUCCUCCUCUCCCCCCGAAGCAUCUAACUCAUGACACAAACAUUCCACUACCUGCCGCAGCUGCGGGACCGAGCCCAGGGCUGCAGGCAGUUCAGUCAGAGAACUGUGACUUUAAGGUACCAUGUAGCAAAGUGAAGCUGAACUCUCUGGAAGCUUUUUUUUUUUUUUUUUCUUGGUCUGGUCUUCAAGAUGUUGGCAGCUAAAUGCACCAGAGCUUCCUCACUAGAAAAGAAACAUCAAAUGCAUAUUUGCACUUUUAUCUGCACACUUGGAAGGAACGAAUCUCGCUCGGGCCGUGCUUGGCCUGAGACUGUUCUAGUUACUGUUUUAUUGCACACCCAGAGCUGGGAGAGGCACUGUCUUCUGCAAAGACGUGUUCCCUGAAGGACUCUGCAUCCUGCCUCCCUGGGAGUGGGGAGCUCUGUCUGGGCAGGGCCCCUGGUACUGGAUGCUGGAGUUUACUGUGCCAUAUUCCCACCUGGCAGGGUUGGGUGAGGCCCUGGGGCUCAGGGGGUCUUGCCCUGCCUGCUGGUCCCACCUGGCUGCUGCCCUGUCCUACCUGAGCCUGAGGGAGGUCACUGUUCCUGCUAGCCACAUGAUGACCCCACUGGCCCAUGGCAGAGGGACAGGGCUGGCUUUUCCCUGCAGGGAGAGGCUGGAGCUGGCUCAGCAGGAGUGUGUGUGCAGGAAUGUGUGUGAAUCCAGGGCUGCUGCACCCCCUGGGUGCUGGGAGCAGCCCUGCUCCCCCUCCUCGUUGCCCACAGUGGGGCUCCCCUUGUCCCUCUCAGUAUUAAAUUGCAUUUAGCAGAUAACCAAGAGUUUUAACCUGAAGUGAAUGUGAACUGCUGGGUCCCCACUGAGGUGCAGGGCGUGUGUGGCUGCCUGUGGAACGUUGCUGUUGCUGAAGGAAGGGGCAGACACCACAGGGAUCUGAUCCGUGGGCUCCUUACUCUGCUUUCCCUGUGGACCUGGGGCCUCCAGAGCUGGGAGUGCUGGAUCAGGCUGGGACAGGUCCCUCUGUCUUUCCUUAACCAAAAUAGCCAAGUUUGACCUAGCCUGGGCUCUUUGGAGAUGAGGCUUGGUGUUAUUCCUGGCUUGUCCCUGAGCCAGCUGUGGGGAUGAGCAGAGCAGCUUUGGAUAAAGGCACUGGUGCAGGGAGGGGGCUGCUCUGACCAUGGGGCAAAUCCACCCUGGGACUGCUUUGAACCUGGCUCGUGCUGCUCCAGCCCCGGUGUGACACUGGGGGACAGGGAAUGCUGUGCUGGGACAACAGCUGGGAGCUGGGGGGACCCCGGGGCAGCUCAGUGGUGAGAGCAACCCCAGCCCCUGGGCAUCCUCCCCUCACCAGCCUGGUCCCCUCACCCCUGGGGCUGUGCUGAGCUCGGUGUCACUUGUCCCACUGCCCCGUCCCUGUGUGUGGCCUGUGCUCUCCCUGCUCACCUCCUGCUGGCCCAGAAAAGCAGUGAGUCCUGCUGCUUUUUUGGAGAAGGCAAAGAUGGGAACUCUCAGCACACCCCUUGCUCCAGUCCCUGACCCAGAGCUCCACCCCAGCUGCUCUCCUGUCUCCUGGCAGGAACAGGUUGCUCCAUCUCAAUCCCUGCUUGGCUUAUGGCAAAGCUGGUGAAGGGCCAGGCACUGUCACCCUUCCUUCUGCUCCCAUAAGUCUCCAAAGACAGCAAGUGACACUCGUGGCCCCUGUUCUUGCUUAAAUUCCAAAGCACUAGGAGCACUUUAAGUUUUACUUUGGAGGGAAAGGAGUGUAGUGCAAAAAAAAAAAGAAAAAAAAGGAAAAAAAAAAAAAGAAUAAUUAAAAAAAACCUACAAAAUCCAAGGGCUACAGGCUCAUUGUUCCUCUUGCACUGAAGCACACACCCACACUAUGAUCUUCCUGGAUUUUUGGGAGGGCAGGUCAGGGCAGUGAGCCUCGUUGCUGAUGGGCCCCUGAGCGAGUGGCCAAGUUUGGGUUUUCCUCUUCUGUCCGGACUGACGGCUCCUGCCGGGGCUGGUCCUGUGUUUUACUGAAGUCAUUUAUAGCUCAGAAGUUACAAGGACUUUUUUAAUGCAUAGUUGCCUUUCAUUGAACUUUCUUUUGUUUUUUUUGGUUUUUUUUUGUUUUUUUUUUUUUUGUGGGGUUGUUUUGUUUUUAGGGUUUUUUUUGGUAUGGUUUAACAGUGUUCUGGCUUUGCAGGUGGGCAGCAGCUGCUGCCCCAGGAGCUGUGGCCAAUGAAUGUACCUAUUUGUUCUUCACUAAACUGUAACCAAGCACUACUCUGUUGAAAUAAAUUUAAAAAAAAAAGAAAAAAGAAGAA